AUGGGUGGCCAGAACAGAGAAGGCGGCAAAGUCAAGCCCUUGAAGGCUGCGAAGAAGCAAAACAAGGAGUACGACGACGAGGACAAGGCUCACCAAGAGAAGAUGAGACAGCAAGAGAAGGAGCGCAAAGAGAUGGCCAAGAUGGCUGGUGGAAAAGGACCAUUGAGCACCGGUGGACAGGGUAUCAAGAAGAGCGGCAAGAAAUAA